AUGUCUAGACUCCAAUUUUACUAUGCAGAGCUGGCAUGUAGUCUUAAAGUCACUGAAAAUAGUGACGUAUAUAGCUUUGGCGUGGUGCUGCUAGAACUAAUUACGGGUAGAAGACCUGUUGAAGAGGAAUAUGGAGAAGGAAAAGAUAUUGUUUAUUGGGUUUUAAAUCAUCUCAAUGACCGUGAAAGUGUUCUCAGGGUUCUGGAUGAUAAAGUGGCAACUCAUUCUGUCCAAGAUGACAUGAUUAAGGUCUUGAAGGUUGCAGUCCUUUGUACUACUAAGCUUCCAUCCGUUCGUCCUACUAUGAGGGAGGUGGUCAAAAUGCUCAUUGAUGCCGAUCCUUGCGCUUUCAAGUCCCGAAAAAACGAUUCUGACAAAAACAGCAAGUUUUUCCUCUAG